AUGGAUAAAGAGAUUAAGAAUAAAGCUAAGAAUGCACGUCGUGGUGCAAAAGGUUCUCUGACGAGAGCAAUGCAUGUUACAAAUGAACUGAUUGAAGCAAGUCGUUCGAAAAGUGAAGUAAAACAAGCCUUUGAAGAGUUACGAAGGGCUCAUGAAGGAUUAGUGAUGAAACAUGAAGAAUUUACUAUGUUAUUAGAUGAUGAAGAGUUCGAAGAAGCUGAAAAAUGGAUGCAAGUUUGUGCAAGUGAGUACGUAGCCUUUACUAUGCGUUAUCAUGAUUAUAUUAAGAAAAUAGAUGAGGAUAAAAGUAAACAGAAUGUCAGUGACAGUGUCGUUGGUGAAUCGAGUGAAGAGAACAAUGAGGAAAGUAAUGAUAGUCAAAGAA